AUGCACAUGUUACCCGGCCCGAAUGCUUACCGCUCCAUCUUCCGUAACCCGGUUGGGUCUCGUGUCUGCGAAGCGGAGCUGGAGGACGGCUGCAUCAUGGUAAAUUGGCCGUCUUAUGGAGUCCCUCGCCGCGUGCAUCGUCGAGCACAUCCAGUUUCCCGCCGUGCACAUGUAGUCUUCUAUCAGGUUACCUCGUUACGAGCGAAGGGGCUUCAAAGCCCGACGCUACGUUGGUUGAAGGCCAUCAACCACGGAAGCGUGGUCCGUGAUAUCCUACCACUGAGCAAGCCACAUAUUGGCAACGGGCUACCGCGGAUGAUAAGAUGGUCUGCGUCAAAUAUAACUAACUUCUACACCGUACAUGUCGAUGAUCCGUUGCCGACAGUGAUAGGCAACAAGGUGGUCGAGAUCGAGGUGCGGGGUGACCUGGUUGGGUAUUCGAUAGAAUUGCAGAAGCAUCUCCACGAAGGUCUGAAACGACUCUAG